UCACAUGAUGCCAGCCCGGAGCCGCACUGAGCAUGGGCGAGGGGAGCAUCUGGGCCGCCGCCGUGCUCGGUUCUGAGCACAACAAAGCCCUCCCGGGAGCCUUUUGUCUGCAGCCCCGGCGGGCAUCGCUGCCCUCCCGGCGCGCCAUCCUGGCCAGGCUCUCCCCAGCGGCCGAGGCGAGUGCCGCAGCGUUCCCGAUGGCCAAUGAGCAGGCCGGUACAGGGCGCUGACGUCACCCCCGCGAUGCUCUCAGCCGUCUAGAGGACAGUGACUCGGUUGCCAGGGCGACGGAAGAACAUACUCCCUGAACUGAAACCCCACCCUGACAUUGAGGCCCUUCCGCUGCCUGGAUGUCUGUCUUGCUGCUCCCGUCUGGCCGGCAGGUAGCAUGGAGUGGCUUGGCCUAGCCCUGGAGAAGGAGCAGCUGUGAAUCCACAAAGCAAAUGGACAUCAAAGGCCAAUACUGGACUGAUGAUGAUUCCGAGGGAGAAAAUGAAUCAGAGGAAUUCCUGUACGGGGUACAGGGGACCUGUGCGGCGGACCUGUAUCGCCACCCACAGUUGGAUGCAGACAUUGAGGCGGUGAAGGAGCUGUACAGCGAGAAUUCUGUGUCUGUCCGCUGCAGUAAUAGCAUGCAUGCCUCUGCAACCCGGUUUAAUGCGGAUCCCAUUGCGCAAAAUGAAUUCCAGGUCUCAAUCAUGAAGUACGCAGAACAGAGGAUUCCUACCCUGAACGAAUACUGUGUGGUGUGUGACGAACAGCACGUCUUCCAGAACGGUUCCAUGCUGAAGCCGGCUGUGUGUACGCGAAAGGCUAUAAAGUGCUACUCCUUCUACGCUCUAGAUUGGCGAAUGUCCGGAAUUACUUUCCCAAUGAGGCGUGCCAUAGCCAACAGGCAGAUUCUCCGGGCCUUUUGUGGAGGAUCAAUUGCCCAGUCGUUUCAACGCUGGAUCGUCAACUUGGAGGUGGUGGACCUCCUCGUGGCCAUGUGCCGAGCAGCCUUGGAGUCUCCACGGAAGAGCAUCAUCUUCGAGCCUUACCCCUCCGUGGUCGAUCCCAGCGAUCCUAAGACCCUUGCCUUCAACCCGCAGAAGAAGAACUACGAGCGAUUGCAGAAGGCUCUGGACAGCGUCAUGUCGAUCCGCGAAAUGACCCAAGGUUCCUACUUGGAGAUCAAGAAGCAAAUGGACAAGUUGGACCCUUUGGCACACCCUCUCCUUCAGUGGAUAAUCUCCAGCAACAGAUCCCAUAUUGUCAAGCUACCUCUCAGCAGGCAGCUGAAAUUUAUGCACACCUCACACCAGUUCCUCCUGCUGAGCAGCCCCCCUGCCAAGGAGGCUGCAGCCUCCCGAACGGCCAAGAAGCUGUAUGGCAGCACGUUCGCCUUCCAUGGCUCUCACAUUGAGAACUGGCAUUCCAUUCUGCGCAACGGGCUGGUCAACGCGUCCUACACCAAAUUGCAGCUGCACGGAGCAGCCUACGGCAAAGGAAUCUAUUUGAGCCCCAUCUCCAGUAUUUCCUUUGGAUAUUCAGGGAUGGGGAAAGGGCAGCAUCGGAUGCCGUCCAAGGAUGAGCUGGUGCAACGGUACAACCGGAUGAACACCAUUCCCCAGACUCGGUCCAUCCAAUCCAGGUUCCUGCAGAGUCGCAAUUUGAAUUGCAUCGCACUUUGUGAAGUGAUCACGUCGAAGGAUCUCCAGAAACACGGCAACAUCUGGGUGUGCCCGGUGUCUGACCACGUCUGCACGCGCUUUUUCUUUGUGUAUGAGGACGGCCAAGUCGGAGAUGCCAACAUCAAUACUCAGGACCCUAAAAUCCAAAAGGAGAUCAUGCGUGUGAUUGGCACUCAGGUCUAUACAAACUGAGGGGGGGGACACAGAGCACCCCUUUCCUUCAACCUUUGCCAAGGGUUCCACCGCCUCCACUCGGGCAGAAGAGACGCCGGGCGUUGGAGGCGGCCGGAGAAGCGAUGAUCACCCUGGCCGGAUGAGGACCGAGAGCCGCGGGGGAGGGGGGAGGGCAAAGGGGGCGCCCGACGUCGCAGCUGGAUGGCGGAGACCCCGGGAGCGCCUCUGGGAAGGCGGCACCGGCCCUUCCCCCCUGGGCCUCUGUGUAGAGUUCUUCUGAGAUAUUCCGAGGGGCGAACUUGUGUCGCGGGUCCCUGGAACUGUCGGGGCGGCCGACCCUGCGCACCUGCGUUUACAGCGGCGACAUUUUUAAGCGACGGAAAUAAGCAAAAAACAAAAAACAAAUAAGAGGGGCGGGGGAGGUAAAAUAAAAAAAGAGCGAGCCAAUGGAUUUAGCUUAUUAAAAUUCUCUUUUAAAAAGAAA